CAUUAUUCUCAAUCACCGAGAAAUCAAAGAGAGCAAGAACAGAGAGAAAAGCAAGAAACUUUGGACGCUCCAGGUCUUGAAGGCAAAACCCAGAAGGAGAUCUCAUUCCUAUUCAUCAAGAUUUGGUCAUGGACACCCGCGCAGUUGUUCCUCCACAACCCAGAGGGAAUGGUAAAGUCCAUGGAGAAGCACCGAGAAGGAACCAGCGAGUAGCUCUUGAAGACAGGACCAACUUUGAGGCAGGUCAGGUCGAAAUCGAAGGGAAGAUUACUCGCCGCAUUACAAGGAGUUUUCAUGCCCAGCUGUUGGCAAAUGCACAGAAGAACAAUGGGAACCCAGUACUAGUGCCAGGUGACAAGGCAGCUAAGAAUAGAAAUGAUGCCCCUGCAAAGAAGGUUACCAAGAAAGCAGCUGAUGAAGAUGUGAUUGUGGUUAGUUCUGAUAAAGAAAAGGAGAAGCCGGUCAAUAGAGGCAAGCCGGUACAAGGUUCAAGGAAGGAAGUCAAGACUCUCACUUCGAUUCUAACAGCUCGAAGCAAGGCUAUGGCUUGUGGAGACACCAACAAACUAAAAGAGCAGAUUGUGGAUUUUGACGCAGCUGAUGUCAAUGAUGAACUAGCAGUUGUUGAAUAUGUCGAUGAAUUGUACAAGUUCUACAAACUUGAAGAGGAUGACUGCCGAGUUGGAGAUUACAUGGAUACACAGCCAGAUAUCAAUUCAAAGAUGAGGUCUAUCCUCAUAGACUGGUUGAUAGAUGUCCACAGGAAAUUUGAACUGAUGCCUGAAACAUUCUACCUUACUGUGAAUAUAAUUGACCGAUUCCUUUCAAGGAGGAUGGUAACUAGGAGGGAACUUCAGCUAGUUGGCAUCAGUUCCAUGGUGAUAGCAUCAAAGUAUGAGGAAGUUUGGGCUCCACAGGUCAAUGAUUUUGUGUGCUUAUCAGACUAUGCAUAUACGGGCAAUCAAAUUCGUGUAAUGGAGAAAGCAAUCCUGCAGAAGUUGGAGUGGUAUUUGACAGUUCCAACACCUUAUGUCUUUCUUGCUAGAUACAUCAAAGCUUCCAUUUCACCUGAUGAUGAGAUGAAAAAUAUGGUUUACUUUCUAGCCGAACUUGGAGUCUUGGAUUAUCAAACAACCAUUCGGCACUCCCCAUCCAUGAUAGCUGCUGCAGCUGUCUAUGCUGCCCAUUGUACUCUCAACAAGAUGCCUUUCUGGACUGAAACUUUGAAGCACCAUACUGGUUACUCUGAAGAACAGCUAAGGGAAUGUGCCAAGGUUUUGGUUGGCUUUCACUCAAAGGCUGGAGAAAGUGAUCUUAAAGCUCUUUUCAAGAAAUACACAAAACCUGAAUAUGGUGCUGUUGCUCGUCACACUCCAGCUAAAAUUUGUUAGUCCUUUUGAGUAUUGGUUUACUUUCUGUAGACAAUACAACACCCGCCUGAAUAUAUGCUAGUGGUGGUUUUUCUGUAAUAGAGAUUGGGUAUCAAGAAGAUUGUCGCAACCUAUGUUUUAUAGUGGUUAGUCUGUUCAUCUUGAAUCAUUGAGUAAUGUAGGUGGUUUUAAUC